AUUCGCGAAUGUCUCUUUUCUCGAGAAGAAAAUCGGGAGAAGGCAACCAGAGUCUCGGAGCGCUGCAUUUGAAGUGGGAAACAACGUGGAGUGCAAUUUGUGUCUGUUCUUGCUCUGGAGUUCAGUUUAAAGUGCCUAUGGCUGGCAGCGCCGCCGCUGCGAAAUCCUCUGGCUUGUACCGGCAGAUGGCCGGUAACAGCCUGACUUUCUAGGGUAGAAAAUACCGAAAAUCGCAGAAUUUGGAAGUGUGACGAUUCUAAAGAUUCUCAGAAGUUGUUAGUUCCUGGCACCGCGCCCGAGUGCUGCACAUUUUACUCCUCGUUGGCUGGCGGCCUCUCCUCCCAUGUAACCGCUCGACACCUUUGUCUUCUUGUGGCGCGUCACGUUCCUGAACAAGACACGCACCAAGCAAAAGUAUCGACAGGCAUAUCUAUAGAGUCAGGUGGGCAAAUUUUCCGGGGAAGUUCUGUCAUGGUCCUGCUUCAAAAGGGAGCGCGCGUUCUUCAACAAUUCGCACACGCCGGUCUGCCGACCGUCUGUUGACCCUGGAAUGAAUCUGUUGCAAGUGGUCCGUCUGGCGGUUGGCCCUGAUGCGGACGGGGGUUUCCACAGCAAAUGCAUUACAACUGUCGCAUUUUUUCAAGUCAGGAACCCUUUCUGGUGGGGUGGUUUGCACACGUAUUUUCCAUGCGGCAGAAAAAGCCGUGUUGCGCGCCGUUUGCCCAACCCGCCGUAAGAAGAAAACGGAUUCUCAGCACGUCAGCCCUCAUACGUUGGAGAACGGCAAGGUCACAAGAUUAAUAACUUUGCAGAGGUUCAGCUGAGGUCCAGCUGAGAGGAAAUGCGUCUGUAAGGGUUGGCAGAGGAUUUGGGUCGUCUAACAGGCGGUGAAAAUCGAUUCGGAGCCACGCGGUAAAAAGAGCCACGCGUACUCUUACGACGGCAAAAAGUAUCGAACCCGUGAUAGCGGUGCGGUGGGGUUCGAGAGCCAUGAUCUUCGCGAAUCGUUUUUGUGGCGAAAGAUGUCGGGAAAUCCUGGACGCUUUGUCUCUUACCAUGAAGCAGUUGCUUCAGCGCAGUUACUUGUGCAAGAAUAGGCAGUUGCCAAGCUUUACCUGUCAGUAGUCGUAGAAGGAAGCGUUCCGGAAGGACGUUGACGUGAAGAACCUUUUCGGCGCCCUGCACAUGUGCAGAGUCGCCGACGCACUUCUUUGAAGAGAGAGUGUGGCGUGACAGGGAGAAUCCAUCAAGCCAUUGCUGGUACCCUUCUGUGUCGUUUCUCUCGUUUGUACAAUGUGCAUCUGUGCUCCAUUCAAGCGUCUUCCACUAAAAUGCAGGGCGUCGACUCUCUACUUCUUCCCUCUAUUUUACUGCUGCUUUCUUGUCGGCUCAUUGGCUCUGCUACCUUCGCCCUUUGUCAAUCGUCCCCUUUUCUCCAGCUGUUGCUUAGCCUUUGCCUUCCUCAACCUUCUCACUUCCGUAGUCGGUCAGGUGGGCAUUUUUAAGCGUAUGGAUGCCGCGCUUCGCGGCACACUGGUUCUCUUGAUGAUGGAAAAUCUCAUGAUUUUCUUUAUUGGAGUAUUUCUGCUCGUACACUUAUUUUCAAUUCGUCCAGCCGCUCUCUUCUCUACCGACAAAUUAGCCGCCAGUGUACGGACAGAGCUGAUGGAAGGAUCAGGUGCCUUUCAGCAGGACCACGCAUUCGAUGAUGAUGAUGUACUCCACCCAACGUCUAGACUCACAGGAGAGUGCCUCCUCAAGUUUUCUGUUGAGACAAGGUGGUGGGUUGCCACGGUCGCGAGCGGGGCACUCGUGGUCUGCAGCACCAUUACUUCGCUCUGUCUUCGCGCGGUGGCAGAGUUCCAAGCAGAGCUGGACGCUGAAGCUUUUGUCGAAGAUGCAAGGCACCUGAGAGACAGCGAACGCAUGUUGCUGCUUCAAGCAUCAAAGGAAUACGGGCCUGAACACAGGGCAUCAUUUCUUCGUGGCAGCGAUAGCUUUAGGCAGUGCAGAGAAAGUGCCUCACGGGAAGGCAGUCCCCGAGGAGAGUCUGGCGAAGAAAGAAGUAUUCCGCACAAGCUUGCGCAGGAAUCCAUGCAGCUGCCGCAUGAACAAACACUGCCAAGCAGCCGUAAAGCCUCAACUAGCCCAGGGAGGCAGUGUGCAGGCGAUGACGGAGCCGAUCCUUCAACCCCAUCUGGGCUACAUGAAGAUGCACAUCAGAUCGAGACCGUUGAUGAAGAAGAGGGCCGCGUUUGA